UUCGGUCACAAUCUUGACUCAUUCCGCUUCCCGCACUGAAAGCCUCAGAGAGGGUUUGGCUCUCAGCCUUCAAUCACGGCGAGGCCGCGAAGAGUCCGACGAGCUACUUGGACGUGUGGACAGUGGGACAUUUGGACGCUGAUUCUGAACUCGGAUGGUUCUGUCUUUAGAAGGAGGACCCGGAGGCCCAGGGUCGCGGUGCGAGCAGGCUGGAGGCCUCGACGCCUCCUGAUACUGACCCAGAAAAAAAGCACCGAUAGCUGGGCUGUUUGUCAGCUAGCAGGCCGGCUAGCCUGUGUCCUCUCUGGGCGUCUCCUGUCGGGAGCUGCCGGGGACCGAUGACGCCAUCUGGUUCUUUGUCAUUUUAACAUUCGAUCUACGAUCUUUUUCUGCGCCGUCGAUUUCCAUCCAGCUUGUGCUGGCUCGCUGCUUCGCUCCAGAGGCCCUCAGACAUCUCCAUCCUCCUCUUCCUCCUCCUCCGUCGUCAUGGCAGCACUCAUCAAAGAAAUUGUCAGCAGAAAUAAAAGACGAUACCAGGAGGAUGGAUUCGAUCUGGACCUGACGUACAUCUACCCUAACAUCAUCGCCAUGGGGUUCCCCGCUGAGCGUCUGGAGGGCGUGUACAGGAACAACAUUGACGACGUCGUGCGGUUUUUAGAUGCAAAACACAAGAGUCACUACAAGAUCUACAAUCUGUGUGUGGAGCGACACUAUGACACGUCCAAGUUCAACUGUCAAGUGGCCGAAUACCCCUUUGAGGACCACAACCCCCCCCAGCUGGAGCUCAUUAAGCCCUUUUGUGAAGACCUGGACCAGUGGCUGAGCGAAGACGAGCAGCACGUCGCCGCAAUCCACUGCAAGGCGGGUAAAGGUCGCACAGGGGUCAUGAUCUGCGCCUACCUGCUGCACCGGGGCAAGUUCCAGGAGGCGCAGGAAGCACUCGACUUUUACGGAGAAGUUCGCACCAGGGACAAGAAGGGUGUGACCAUCCCGAGCCAGCGACGUUACGUGACAUACUACAAUACGCUGCUGAGGAGCAGACUGCACUACACGCCGGUGGCUCUGCUCUUCCACAAGAUGCUCUUUGAAACCAUCCCCAUGUUCACUGGCGGGAACUGCAAUCCACAGUUUGUCAUCUACCAGGUGAAGGUGAAGAUCCACACCUCUAACCCCGCCUACACGCGGCGGGAAGACAAGGUGAUGAUGUUCGAGUUCCCGCAGCCUCUUCCUGUGUGCGGCGACAUCAAGGUGGAGUUCUUCCACAAGCAGAACAAGAUUUCUAAAAAGGAAAAGAUGUUCCACUUCUGGGUUAACACCUUCUUCAUACCCGGGCCAGAGGACAAUCCUGAGAAGCUGGAGAAUGGCAGCAUGGGAACUUUGCGGGAAGCUGCCGACAGGAGGCAGCAGCAGCUGGGUAGCACUGUGCUGGGAGGUGAAGGUGAAGAUGGUGACUUCCUGGUUCUGACUUUGCUGAAGAACGACCUGGACAAGGCCAACAAGGACAAAGCCAACAGGAACUUCUCGCCCAACUUUAAGGUCAAACUAUUCUUCACCAAGACUGUGGAGGAAGGUGCCAACGGCGAGGCGAGCAGCACGUCCACCUCGGUGACGCCGGACGUCAGCGACAAUGAACCGGAUCACUACCGCUACUCGGACACCACGGACUCAGACCCAGAGAAUGAGCUGUUUGACGAGGACCGCGAUCAGAUCACCAACGUGUGAUUAAGUCCCACCCCCCUGUAAUCUUCUACUCAAUGCACAGCUGGACAAUCACGUGAUCCGUCUGGGGGAGGUGGGCGGGGCCAAGAAGGCUGCAAAGACACGAGGAGGAAAAGUUGAAAAUGAAUGACAGGAAGACUCCCACAGUUCCUUGUCCUUCCCUCCUUGAUUCUGUAGACUUUGCUUUCAUGGUCCACGUUUUGGUCCUGGUGCUGGUCUGUGCUGAACCAGCAGAGGCAAAACUCCCAACUGGGAUCCUACCAGUCUGGAGAACACAAAUGUUCAUCCCACUUCCUGUCUGUCCCUACAGCACAGCCACUUGGAGACCCCUGGUGUGUUUGAUUUGAUGGCUCCGACGUGUCAGACGGGUGGAGUCAGCAUCCAUUCCUGGAGAUAACCACGGUAAUGAACUGUCAAUCAACAACAACUUCCUGGGUUUUUCUGAGCAGCAAGCAAACAGGAAGAAGACAUGGACACACUUGGGUCAUUGUUUCCUGGUUAAAAUGAUCUCAGGUUCAGUCCAUUUUGUCCCCAGAAAACACGUUAUAAGAGUGGAACGUCUCCUUUCAAAAGACAUCAAACACUGUCAAGUGAAUAAAGUAUUUAUAACAACCAACCAAAUUGUCCUUUUGCUUUAGGAGGCGGGUCAAACAUAGU